AUGGGGUGCCGUUCGGUGGCAAUUGGCAGAAGGGAGAGAGAUGACGGACGCGACGAGGAGGCGGCUUCAGUCGCGGGCCCCUCAGAAGAAGACCGGUUCCUCGCGACCGAAGACGAAGAAGCCGCGCCAGGCCGAGGGUGCAUCGGCAUAAGAGGGUACGCCGGCCAAUUAGCGGCUGGAGAAAAGGGUGGCCGAGGCCGAACUGAUUCGAGAGGCCCACCUCCAAGUCACCGGGAAGAGGGUGAUAGAAGGUGCCCUCGAUGUGACCCCUCUGCCGAAGAUGCCAAGGGGGCCGAACGACGACGAGGAUACCGAGGCCGACCCAAUGAACAUUGCCUGCCCUCGAAAGGUGGUGCCGUUCGUGAACUGCUUCAUUGA